ACCUCAUGUGGGAGGCUAGGUUAUCCUCAUGGAGGCUUGGUUCUAGGUUCCUCUGUUUCCAAGGCUGAGCAUUCUGAUGGCUAGGGCAAGGAGGGAACUGUCCAUGGUUCUGGAGUGAACGGGAAAAGAUGUGAGGGGGUGCAGUUGGACUUUCUCUCUACCGAGGACUGAAACAUCCAACUUUGAGAGCCCCUUGGGAGAUGAGAUCCUGCCUUACGAUGGGGAGAUGCCAGAACACGGGACAAUGGAGGCUCCUAUGGAGGGACUGACCUUGCUGGAGGAAGAGGAGGAGGGAGGCUCUGGAGGUGAAGAUGCCCCUGAGGAAGAGGGGGCUGUCAAAUCAGUCUCAGCCCUAGAAGAGGUGGACAAGGACUUUCAGUGCCCUAAGGAAGAGGAUACAGUCAAACAGGGCAGCUGCUGGCACUUUUACUGGGGUGAUGGCAGUGCCUGGAAGAUUUGGUACUGGGCUCUCAGCCAGCCCCUGGCCUCUGGUGGCAGCUGUGUGUCCAUGUGGAACCGAGGUGAUGUGGAAGUGGGAAUGAAAGAUGACAAGGCAGGGGAAGUGGGAGGGGCUUAUGGAGGUGGUGCUAGGAAGACGUGGACCCUCCAAGGGAGAGGCCUUCUGGAUCUUCAAACUUCAUUUUCAAAGGUGGCUGGAGAUUACCUCAUUGCAAGGCGUUCCUUCUGUGUGUCUGUUCCUACUUAGCAGGACCCAGUCCGGAGUUCAGAGCCGCCCCCUCCUUGGGCCCUGCCUCCCCUCCCAUGCCUGCAGCCCCUUCCUCCACCACCCAGGAAUAAAAUUAUU